AUGGCGAUGAGUCUAGCGCGCAAGUUGGAGAUCCGCGAGCAGAGCGCCUCGGCGGUCGCCGCGGCUAGCGUUUUGGCGCCUCGACUCAUGGGCCAUGGGCUCCUACCGGGUCCGGCCCAGCCGCUGGCUCUGCCCGCGCCCCACCAAAUGGGCGGACGGGUCCCUGCGCCGGUUUUCAAAGGCCGCCAGGUGCGGCGGCUCACCCCGACAGAGAUGGAAAACCGCCGCUGCCAGGGCCUCUGCUUCAAUUGCAAUGACAGGUACUCCCGUGGCCAUAACCGAGUCUGCCAGCGCCUCUUCUUCCUGGACCUCACCGAGGAGGAGGAUCCCGCAGAGCUAGAGCCGCUGGUAAACCUGGAGGACCCCACGAUCUCCCUCCUCGCCAUCGCCGGGGUCCGCACAAGGGACACGAUGCAACUCCUCAUCAACCUGGGCGGCGUCUCGCUGUUGGCCCUGCUAGACUCUGGAUCGACGCAUAAUUUCGUCGCGGCCGAGGCAGCAGCCCACACCUCCCUCCGCCUCCAGCUCUACAGCGGUAUGAAAGUGACCAUGGCUAAUGGCGAGCGGGUGCCGUGCCCAGGCGUCUACCAUGCAGCGGCAUUCUCCAUCGAGGGGACCUCCUUCGUCGCCGACUUCUUCGCCCUGCCCCUGGCGGGCCAUGACGUGGUGCUGGGCACCCAGUGGUUGGCCAGCUUGGGGCCUAUACUCUGGGACUUCGGCGCCCUGUCUAUGACAGUGCAGCACCAGGGGCGCGCCGUCUGUUGGAAAGGCGUCUCCGGUCCGUCCAGACCACGCCUGAAGGCUUGCCUCGACACCGACCCCCUGGCCGCGCUCCUGGACCAGUUUGAGUCCAUCUUCACCGAGCCAUCCGGCAUGCCACUGCCACGGUCCAGGGAUCACGCCAUCACUCUUCUCCCGGGGUCUGCACCAGUCGUUGUCCGCCCGUACCGCUAUCCAGCUGCCCACAAAGAUGAGCUGGAAAGGCAGUGCGCGACCAUGAUGCAACAAGGGCUGAUCCGGCGCAGCUCGUCCGCUUUUUCCUCUCCGGUGCUGCUAGUGAAGAAGGCGGACGGGUCCUGGCGCUUUUGCGUCGAUUACAGAGCCCUCAACGCCAUCACUGUAAAGGACGCCUUCCCCAUUCCGGUCGUCGAUGAGCUCCUGGACGAGCUGAACGGCGCCCGAUUCUUCUCCAAUUUGGACCUGCGUUCCGGCUAUCAUCAAGUCCGGAUGCGGCCGGGCGACAUCGAGAAGAUGGCUUUUCAGACUCAUGAAGGGCUCUAUGAGUUCCUCGUCAUGCCCUUCGGCCUCUGCAACGCGCCGGCAACGUUUCAGGCCUUGAUGAACGACAUCUUGAGGCCCUACUUACGCCGGUUCGUGAUGGUCUUCUUCGACGACAUAUUGAUAUAUAGCCAGUCCAUGGCAGAGCACCUCGGCCACGUCCGCGCUGUACUCAGCCUCCUCCAGCAGCAUCGACUCUUCGUCAAGAAGUCCAAGUGCGCCUUUGGCUCCUCCUCCAUCGCGUACUUGGGCCAUGUUAUCUCGGCCAAUGGCGUGGCCAUGGACCCCGCCAAGGUCCAGGCGGUGGAGGACUGGUGCCCCUUCAUCGUUGAGUGUGAUGCGUCCACCUACGGGUUCGGGGCUGUACUGCUGCAGGGGACGCAUCCCAUCGCCUUCUUCAGCAGGCCGGCGGCCCCAAGACACCAGUCCCUAGCCGCCUACGAACGAGAAUUGAUUGGUCUCGUCCUCGCCAUCCGCCACUGGAGGCCUUACCUUUGGGGUCGGCGUUUCCUGGUCCGCACUAAUCAUUACAGCGUUAACUUCCUACUUGAUCAGCGUCUUGCCACCAUCCCGCAGCAUCAUUGGGUGGGAAAGCUCCUGGGCUUUGAUUUUUUGGUGGAAUACAAGGCUGGCUGCUCCAACACCGUGGCUGAUGCCCUAUCCCGCCGUGAUACAGAAGAGCUGGCUGCCAUGGCAAUCACUGGGCCCUGUUUCGACUUCAUCACACGCCUCCGUCAGGCCAAUGAACAGGACCCAGCUUUGAUCACCCUCCGCGAAGAGAUCCUCACCAACAAACGCUCUGCGCCAUGGGCUGUCAUUGACGGCCUGAUGGCAUUCCAGGGGCGCCUCUACAUCCCUCCAGGCGCCCCCCUGCUCCAUGAGAUCCUGGCGGCUGUGCACGACAAUGGCCAUGAAGGUGUGCAACGCACGCUACAUCGUCUCCGCCAAGACUUCCACUCCCCCAGUCUGCGUGCAGUAGUGCAAGACUUCGUGCGUGCUUGUGCAACAUGUCAGCGCUACAAAUCAGAACACCUUCACCCAGCAGGUCUUUUGCUUCCUCUGCCAGUACCGUCGGCGAUUUGGGCAGACAUUGGCAUUGACUUCGUUGAGGCUUUACCAAAAGUCGGGGGCAAAUCUGUUAUCUUGACAGUAGUGGACAGAUUCAGUAAAUACUGUCAUUCCAUUGACCUCGCCCACCCUUACUCAGCGGAGUUAGUAGCCCAAGCUUUCUUCUCUGAGAUUGUACGUCUUCAUGGCAUUCCCCAGUCCAUCGUAUCAGACAGGGACCCGGUGUUCACCUCCAUAUUCUGGAAAGAACUGAUGAAGCUGUCUGGAAUCAAGCUGAGGAUGAUGACUGCAUUCCAUCCUCAGUCUGAUGGCCAAACUGAAGCUGCUAACAAGAUCAUUACCACGCCGUUCGCCAUCGUCUAUGGCCGCGACCCAGCCUCCAUCCGUUCUUAUGAACCAGGAGAGUCCCGGGUCCCCGCCGUGGCCAAGAGCAUGGCUGCCCCGUCACUUCAAGGCGCCACCAAGGGCAAGCUGCGCCCCCGCUUCUACGGCCCCUACCGCAUCACUGCCAUCAUCAACGAGGUCGCAUACCGACUGGAACUUCCUGCAGGCACCAAACUGCAUGAUGUGUUCCACGUCGGCCUCCUCAAGAAAUUCAUCGGCACACCUCCAUCAGCACCACGAGCUCUGCCUCCUACCCACCACGGCGCCACUCAGCCAGUCCCAGACCGCAACACACGAGCAAGACUGGCCAGGGGCGUGCGUCAAGUCCUGGUGCACUGGACGGAUGAACCUGCUGCAUCAGCAACCUGGGAAGACUUGGAGAAUUUCCAGGAGCGCUACCCCCACCUUCCAGCUCGAGGACGAGCUGCUCGUCGAGGGGGGAGAGAUGUGAUGUGGGGCCAUCAGUACAGCCGCCGGCCUCGAACACGAGGUGCAGCACAGGGCCAUGAAGAGGCCAGGACGGCUGGCGCCAGGCUCACCCUGGCGCCCCCAUCUCCUACCUCCGGCUACAACCUACGCAGCCAAGGCCCUCCUGAGCUUGGUGUGGAGGCCCUUGACAGCAUUUCGAUGCCUGUUGGCUUUUCGUCCACUGUAUUUCUCGGUGGCAGCCUCAUCUCCUGGUCAUCGAAGCGGCAACCUACCGUCUCCCGGUCCAGCGCGGAAGCCGAGUAUCGGGCUGUUCCAAAUGGCGUUGCUGAAGCUUCCUGGUUGCAGCAGCUUCUCCAAGAGCUGCAUCACCCUCUGAAGUCUGCCACCCUCGUCUACUGCGACAACGUCAGCGCCGUCUACCUCUCCUCCAACCCAAUUCAGCACCAGCGCACCAAGCACGUGGAAAUCGACCUCCACUUCGUCCGUGAGCGUGUCACUCUUGGUGCUGUCCGUGUCCUUCACGUCCCCACCACCUCACAGUUCGACGAUGUCUUCACCAAGGGGCUUCCUUCUACUGUGUUCAUGGAAUUUCGCUCCAAUCUGAACAUCCGCUCCACCGACGCUCCGAUUGCGGGGGGGUGUUAG